AUGAUGUCUAGUAGAAACAAUCGACUUUUAGCAAUGGCAACUAGUGGUGUAAACAAUCAAGAUAGGAACACAAUUAACUAUUGUAAAGAAAAAAUACCAAAGAAACCAUCUGUUUGUCGUAAUUUAAAUAAUAGUUUUUUAACUCAAGUCAAUACAUCAAAAACCAAACAAGUUCUGGAAUGGUUGAAUCAAUCAGAAUCUACAAGAAUUUCUGACGAAACUGUUACAAAAAUAUAUAAAACAAUUAAAACAAGCAACGAUACAGAAGGUGUAGAAAAUUUUAAAAAAUAUGGUGAUUGCUUAAAUGAAAAUGCAGUUGAUGUACCCAAGCAAUGUAUUAUGAACGAGACUGAUGAAUCUAUUUGUUACCAAGAAAUUGGUAUAACUGAUGUUUAUGAAAACUUAGACACUGUGGAAAACAUUAUUAACUCAAUUCCAGAAGACCUUUUAGCGUUGGUUCAAAAUGAAGAUCAAUGCUACAGUGAAAUUCACCAUGAAAAUGUAACAAAUACAGAUGGAUUUUAUGAACUGAACUCUGAAAAAGAUCCAAGUGUAAUAUUUGGCACCUCUGAAUCUGGGAGUGAUGAACAUAAUUUAUUGCACACAGAUACUGAGGCAUUAUUUGGUACUCUUGAAUCAACAACGGCGAUAAAUGAAAUUAAUGGUAAUAACAAUGAAUCUAAUUUAAACAAAAGAAAGAAAAAACCUAGCACGAAAGGGUCGCUGUCAUGUCUACUAUGCAAAUUGAUCUCACACCGAGCCGUAACUUUUUGGGGCGGACUUUUGGCUUCCGGCGGUAUGAUGUACAGUUCGUUCGCCAACUCCAUAUCGCACCUGUACAUAAGCUAUGGAGUGAUGGUGGGAUUUGGAGCGGGCUUGUGCUACUCAGCAGGAAUACUGAUCAUCAACGAGUAUUUCGACAAGCACCGAGGACUGGCCAACGGGUUUUCACUGGCAGGCACUGCCAUCGGUGCUCUCGCCAUGCCGCCGUACCUCGAGUUCUUGACCUUUUCAUACGGCUACAGAGGUGGCAUUCUGAUCGUGUCCGGAAUGAUGUUGAACACACUGGCGUGCUCGUUGACCUACAAACCAGCAAUUGUUGAUGGGGACGGGGCAGUUCAACAGGACGAGGUGACCUACACGAGGCCGAUUGCUUCGUCGACGCCAACGCCGACAUCGAUCAACGCGAGAGCAGUCGCGACAACGGCGUUUAAGGCGGCCACGGACCUGUACUACGCGGCCGUGGUUUCGUCACCGUCGCCGCCGCUGUUGAAAUCCCAAACCACGGCGGCGGCGUUGUCUUCAACGGACGACGAAGACAAUGACGACGACGAAGACGAUGAAGACGACGACGAAAAAAGCCUGAAAAACACCCGUUGGUGGCGGUGGCUAAGGUGGCGACACCCGCAGUUCGGCGCCACGCCGGCCGCUGAGUUUCUGGCAGUGUCAGUGGUCCACGCCAUCAGCCACUUGGCGUACGCCACUGCUGCGCCUGCGCGUGCCGCCGCCCUACAACUGGCCGCGGCCGAGGCGGCCGGUCGUUUUCUCGCACCCACAGCUUCAGACCUACUGUCGCCCGGAGGUUCGGCGUCAAUUUACCUGUACGCCGCGGUGGUGGCCGUCGGCGGCACCGUCCUACUGACCGGCGCCGCCACCGCCGAAUCGGAUGCCGACCCGUUCCAGUGGCCACUGCGGUCGGCAGUGCACGCGCAAUGGUCGGCGUCCCUGGUCAUGGCCUUCGGGAUGGCGUCCGGCGCCGCCGUCGGGCUCGAACCGCUGGUUGCGGUCCGAGCGCUUGGCCGCGAACAGCUCGCCGCCUCCUGUUCCGCCACAUUACUCUGCAAAGGCGCCGCCCAACUGGCCGUCGACCUGUUCCUGCGCCAGUCGUUUCCCAGCCGCGGUGGACACUGGCCACCGAUCUCACCAUGCGUGUUUUACACGCUCGGAUCAGUUCUAGUGGCCACCGCCUCCGCUUGGACGGCUGCGUUCCUUGUCAAGCGGCACUACACUUCCAAGACCGGGUGCAACCGGUACGUGAGAACCGCUUGA